CCGUGGGCGCGGCUGGGAUCCCGCGGCGGCGAGCGCGAGCGCGAGGCGCUGCUGUCCCGGCGCCGCUGCUGAUGGGGGAGGCUGGGGCCGGGCCGGGGCCCGUGGAGGCGGCGGGAGCCGGCAGCGCCCGGGGAAGCCGGACCGGGAGCCGCGGGGGCAUCCGGGUGCUGAAGAGGAACAUGAAGCGCAAUGGGAGCAGAAACUGCUUGAACAGGAGGAGUCGGUUUGGCUCCCGUGAGAGAGACUGGCUGAAAGAGGAUGUUGGGCGAGGCUGUGUAUACAUUUAUGGAGCAGACUCUGCAACUGCGACCUCUUCUGACCUGCACUUGGUCCUUUGUACAGUGGAUACCCUGGCAUCUGAGAUCUGUGAUGGAGAGGGUAGGGAGAACCUCUAUUUGCAGCUCCAUGGAGACCUGGUCAGGAGGCUGGAGCCCACAGAGAAACCCCUUCAAAUUGUGUACGAGUACUUGGCUGGGCUCGGCUUUGAGGAUCUUGUGAGAAUACAGGAGGAGGCAGCAAACUCUGAUCUCAGCUGCAUGAUUCGCUUUUACAAUGAAAAGCCAUGUCAAGUGGAGCAACUAGACCGAAUCCUUCUGUCUGGGGUCUAUAAUGUGCGCAAAGGGAAGACGCAGUUGCACAAGUGGGCAGAACGCUUGGUCAUUCUCUGUGGCACCUGCCUCAUCAUAUCCUCCGCGAAGGAUUGCCAUACAGGAAAGAUGCACAUUCUGCCUCUUGUCGGAGGGAAGGUGGAAGAAGUGAAGCGUCGGCAGCACUCGCUUGCUUUCAGCUGUGCUGGUGCACAAGCUCAAACCUACCAUGUUUGCUUUGAAACGCUGGCAGAGUACCAGAGAUGGCACCGGCAGGCAUCCACGGUGGUGUCUCAGCGACUCAGCACAGUUGAUCUGUCUUGUUAUAGCCUUGAGGAGGUACCUGAGCAUCUCUUCUACAGUCAAGACAUCACCUACCUCAACCUGCGACACAACUUUAUGCGACUGGAUGGAUCAGGGGGUCUUGACUCUCUUUGCAGGUUCUCUCAGCUGAAGGGCCUGAACCUGUCCCAUAAUAGGCUGGGGGAGCUUCCUAUAUUACUGUGUGAGAUCUCCAAUCUGACUGAACUCAACAUUUCCUGUAAUGGGCUUCAUCACCUGCCAAACCAGAUUGGCAGCCUGUUCAAUCUCCAGACCUUAUGUCUUGAUGGGAAUUUCCUCACAUCUUUGCCAGAAGAGCUGGGACACCUGCAACAGCUCUGCUCCCUCGGGCUUUCCUUCAACAACUUCAGUGAGGUGCCAGUGGUCUGUGAGAAACUCACUGCCUUGGACAAACUGGCCAUGGCAGGGAACCAGCUGGAAACCCUGAACCUUGGGGUGCUGAACAGGAUGAGCCACAUCAGAUAUGUGGAUCUUAGGCUGAACCACCUGAGGAGAUUAUCUGUUGACAGCCUGGAGGGGAACAAAUCUGUGACCCACAUGGAUUUGCGAGACAAUCAGCUGACUGACCUGGAUCUGAGCUUUCUUGGCAGUCUAGAGCAGCUGCACUGUGAGCGGAAUCAGCUGAGGGAACUGACUCUGAGUGGCUUCUCCCUUCGGGCCCUCUAUGCCAACACCAACUGUCUGAUGACUGUAAAUGUUUAUCCAGUCCCUACUCUGCUGACCUGCCUAGAAAUCUCCUGUAACCAGCUGCUGUGUAUUCCUGACUGGGCCUGCGAAGCAAAGAAACUUGAGGUUUUGGAUAUGAGCUACAAUCUCCUCACAGAGCUUCCAUCAAGGACCCUGAGUAGUUUGAGUCUUCGGAAGUUGAUGGUGGGGCACAACCACGUGCAGAGCCUUCCACCUCUGCUGGAACACAUUCCCCUGGAGGUGCUGGACCUCCAGCAUAACCUGAUCACUAAACUCCCAGAGAUGAUGUUCUUCAAGGCUCUGAAUCUCAGGUACCUGAAUGUAUCUGCCAACAGCCUGGAGUCCUUGCCUGGGGAAGAGAGUCUCAGCGCGCUGCAGCUACUUUACUUGACCAAUAAUAAGCUCACAGAUCAGUGCAUCCCUGACUUGGUGGGACACCCAAACUUACGGGUCCUGCACCUGGCAAACAACCAACUGCAAACCUUCCCUGCAAGCAAACUGAGCAAACUGGAGCAACUGGAAGAGCUGAACCUGAGUGGCAACAAGCUGAAGACGAUUCCUACAACGAUCGCAAACUGCAAGCAGCUGCACACACUUAUUGCACACUCAAAUGAGAUCAGUAUCUUCCCAGAGAUCCUGCACCUACCUCGUAUUCAGUUUGUAGACUUGAGCUGUAAUGAACUAACAGAAAUCGUGAUCCCUGAGGUGCUGCCAGCUACCUUGCAGGAGCUGGACCUGACUGGAAACAUGAACCUGGUGCUAGAACACAAGACCCUGGACAUCUUCAGUCACAUUGCCACCCUGAAGAUUGAUGCCAAGCCCUCCCUCACAGCAGACUCAGUACUCUCCUCUACGCUCUGGAAUCACGGGUUAGCCGAGAUGGCUGGCCAGAGGAAUAAGCUCUGUGUGUCGGCCCUGGCUCUGGGGAGCUUUGCAGACAGUGUGGAAGCUGUGUACGGCAUGUUCGACGGUGACAAGAAUGAGGAGCUGCCCCGUCUCCUGCAGUGCACUAUGGCAGACGUGCUACUGGAGGAGGUGCAGCAGUCGAACAUAGACUCUGUGUUCAUGUCUAACACCUUCCUGGUCUCCCACAGGAAGCUGGGGAUGGCUGGCCAGAAGCUGGGCUCCUCUGCUGUCCUCUGCUAUAUUCGACAUGAUGCUACUGAUCUGGCUGGCAGCUUCACUCUGACAUUGGCCAAUGUGGGCACAUGCCAAGCCAUUCUGUGCCGCAGUGGAAAACCCCUGCCCCUUUCCAAAGUCUUCAGCCUGGAACAAUAUCCUGAGGAGGCCAGGAGAGUCAAGGAGCAAAAAGCUAUCAUAACAGAGGACAACAAGGUUAAUGGUGUAACCUGCUGUACUCGGAUGCUAGGCUGCACGUACUUGCAUCCUUGGAUCCUGCCCAAGCCUCACGUCUACUCCAUUCCUCUGACUGUGCAGGAUGAGAUGCUCCUACUGGGGAACAAAGCCCUCUGGGAAUACCUCUCUUAUACAGAGGCUGUCAUGGCUGUACGCCACCUGCAUGACCCACUGGCUGCUGCAAAGAAGAUCUGCACUUUAGCCCAAAGCUAUGGCUGCCAAGACAAUGUGGGAGCAAUGGUGGUGUGUUUGAACAUUGGUGAGGACAGCUGCACAUGUGAGAUGCACGGCCUCACCUUGCCAGGCCCUGGGGGGGUUAUUUCCACUGCCAAACCAGCAACACCUUCUUCAAGUAGUGGAAUUGCCUCAGAGUUCAGCAGUGAGCUGUCAGCCUCAGAAGUUAGCAGUGAGGUGGGAUCCACUGCGUCCGAUGAACACAGUGGAGCUGGUCUGGAUGCAGGGUUGGUGCCUCGACCCGAGCGACGCUGCAGCCUCCAUCCUGUGCCCCCCUCCAGCAUCUUUCAGCGCCAACCUUCCUGUGCCACAUUCUCUAGUAAUCAGUCUGACAAUGGGCUGGACAGUGAUGAUGAGCAGCCUGUGGAGGGUGUGAUGACGAAUGGCAGCAAAGUGGAGGUGGAAGUGGACAUCCACUGCUGUAAAGGAAAAAGUCUGGAGCCUGUGCCUCCUGGUGCUGAGGAGGGAUCUCCUGCUGCAGGCUCAGAGGAUGACUCUGGGGGGCUCGUCUUCAGGAUUCGGAGACAGAACAGCAUGAACAGCAACAUCCUCCUGGCAGGAACCAAGGAGAGGUGCGAGUUGCAGAAGUCUCCUUCCACAUGCUGUCUCUAUGGGAAGAAGCUUUCCAAUGGCUCCAUAGUGCCUCUGGAGGAGAGCCUCAACCUUAUUGAGGUAGCCACAGAGGUGCCGAAGAAGAAAACAGGUUAUUUUGCUGCUCCUACCCAGCUGGAGCCAGAGGAUCGAUUUGUUGUGCCCCCUGACCUGGAAGAGGAAGUGAAGGAACGAAUUAAGCAGCACCAUGAGAGUGGUGCAGAGCAGGAGCCCAAUGAGAAGGCUGCAAUGGCUCCUCCAGAUGAGUUUGACACAGCUUUGUAACCCCACUGGGCUGCUCCAUAGUGUAGGGGAGUUGGCAUCUGCACGGGAAGGAACAGACAUCAGCUCCCUCCUUAUUGGAGUGCAGGACAAGCCUGGAGCUGUAAACUCAGGGCUGCCAGCUUCUUGAGACAGCAUCCCUGCUGUUCUGUGGGCCCAGGGUACUCAGGUCAGCAGCCAAGCUCCAUGCCGGGGAUUGUCUGGCAUUUGAGAAGGCAGACUUCCCUAUGUGUGGUCCCACCACCUGCCAUUAACCCCUUGCCCUCCUGAGGAAUUGCCAGGCAGUGGGCUGGUUUCUGUGUGGGAGCUGAGGAGGCAGUUGUGGUUAUGCACAGCAUCCAGAGUUCUGUGAAGUAUUUGAUUCGGCCAUCAUGAUGGGACUGGUCACUUGGCUUUACUGUUCAGAGAAUACAGCCUGUCCCGAUGACGCUUACUAGCGCCACAGAACCAGUCAGAGGAUUGAUUCUUAUAUGCAUCGCAAGCACUUUCAUUGACCGCACUUGAGCCAUUUUGCUCCCCAUCUGCCCAGCACUUUACUAUUUAGGGAGAGGGGGCUUCAGUAACCUCACAACGGGUAUUAUGGGGGGAUUCCUCCACAUGGGAAUUGGUGCCCUCCUGAUAGGUACAUCCAGGGACACUGGGGGAGCUGAGGUAGUUUUGUCACUACUUGUUAUGAGGUUAUCCAGGGGCUUCCUUCCAACCUGAAGGAUACAACUGGGGCAUGAGGGUUGGGGGGCCCCAAUGACAGAUAUGACCAUGGGGCAUGGAGGAGUCCCAGGAGGGGUUUGGCUAUCUCCAUAACAAAUAUGAACAUGGGUAGGGGUGGGGCUAGUGUGUACAACUGUAGGGGAUAGGGGGUUGGCCACCCCCCUGGUGUGCACUUCAAGGCAGAGCCUUCCAUAUCCACGAGACAUGGGAUGAAGCCAGAAUCCCCUGCAAAGCACAGAGUCUGUGCUCUGUGUGGUGCCCUUAGCUGGCAGAAGCUAAGAAGUAUGAGUGGGGAGACUUCAUCUUGUCCAUCGGGAUGUUUUGUUUGUAGCAGUAAAGGCUAGUGAGCAGCCAGAGUGCCCUGCAUGUGCUAAGAAGGUCUCUGACGGUCCAUUUCACACGCACUCCCUCUAACACACACUGCGAAAUAUGAACCCCCUACACUGUAGCAGCAAAAGCACCUUUGCCUGUCUCUGUAGGAGCAGAGAGCAGAAUCAGUGUCCAGGGCUGCCCGGGCUCCAGCUGCAAGUGCCCAGACCAGGAAGUGAACAAGAUGAAGCUGUGUGGUUUCUGCUUAGUUUUAAACUCAAAAUGGAAGAUGGAACUUUUCCCAAAUACAAACAUUUUUAUCAGCGCACUUGAGGAAAAAAGGACUUUAGAACAACUCUGGAGAGUAGCAGUGAGCUAGCUACCCAGUGCCCAGUUGGCAAAUGUGUUCCAGUUUCCACCUUCAGGGCCUGGAUGGGCCAGUAUGCAGUGUGGUGCCCUGCUAGCCCUUUUCUGGUUGUUUUUCCAGGAUUUAAGCAUUCAUCUUUACAAAAGGGUUGCAAAGACAACCUUCCAUCUGUGAUCCAGGCAGAUCAUCUUCCUGAGUCUGCAGCCUGGGAGCUGGGAACAAUAGCUCUGAGGUGGGAGCUGCCUCAGUAAUCUCAGGGUAUGUCUACACUACAAUUAAACAUCUGCGGCUGGCCUGUGUGGGCUCCAGAGCGAUUUAUUUGCAGUGGAGACAUUCAGGCUUGGGGACCCCACAAGGAGGGAGGAUCCCAGACCUAGGCUCCUGCCCGAGCGCAAACAUCUACCCUGCAGUUAAACAGCCCCGAGCCCUGUAAACCUGAGUCAGCUCUAUCUGGGCCAGUCCCAGGUGUUUAAUUGCAGUGUAGACAUACCCUCAGUGGUAUGACAACACUGAUAGCCUCAUUAUGACAUUAUAUGGGACUAGUGCCCUUUCUUGUUACUUUACUUAUUUCUUAUGUCUAGGAAGAAAGUCUGAAAGGUUUUUCCAAAAGAGUUCUGGGCUUUUGGGGUGAGUUUUAUUUUGUUUGGUGUGUUUAUUUUUUGCUUAUCUUUUAUAUCAGAAAUUCAGGUCUUGUCUGACCUAGAAUACUCAAUGUACAACUAGAGAACUAGUGGGAUUCUGACAUCAUAGAUCCUGUGAGAAAACUUGAUAGCGGGGAAGUGGCUAUUAUUCAGAAUGUAAAACUCCUUGGCUUUGUCUUCACUAGGGGGAAAAAGUAUCUUUGUACCAUACGGUAGCCAACAUCCUAGCCCUGCUAACGUGUGUGGAAAAACCUGCCUGAUCCACACAAGGGGCUAUUCUGCACUAGAAUCGCUACAAUGGUGCAGCUGCAGUGCUGCUAGAACAGACACCCUAUGCUGACGGAAGAGAGCUCUUCUGUCAGCAUAAUAAAUCUGUCUCUGCAUGUCGCCAACAUAAUGCUGUCCACACUGGUGCUUAGGUCGAUGUAGCUUACAUCGCUCAGGAGGAUGGCUUUUUCACACCCCUGAGCAACAUAAGCUAUACUGACAUAAGUGCUAGUGUGUACAAGCCCUAGGAUUUCACCUUGGUUUAAUUACCAUGUUAGCUAAUGUCAUAGAAAACCGCCUCUUUCCCAUAGGGUGGUCUCACCCUUUGAGUUUUGUUAACACCUAUUUUAACUUAGAAGUUGGGGGGAGAACCUUUUUGUUAAAGAUUCGAAAUCUCUGCUAGUUCUAUCAAUCUAGAGAGAAUUAAGGGAUAACAGCGCUCCCACUCUCUCUGAGUUAUCCAAGGAGUCCACAGUGAAAACAGGAAGAACAAAAAAAUUCUUUAAAAAUACAAAACAAAACAAAACCUUUCAGGUUCUCUUCCUAAAAAGAAGUAAAAAUUGCAGGUCCCCUUUAAUUCUUGCACUACUGAUAAUUUUAACACACUUCUGAGCCAGCCCCAAUAGUCUCAGAAGCAGUACAGAAGAGCUGCAGUGCAGCCUCUUGUUCAGUCUUGGACUAAUGCACUGACAUGAAAAUGUGCCCCUCUUCCUGAGUGAGAAUGUGAAUCAAAUCCUUGCACUAGUACACGAGUAUGUGUUACAAAUAAGGUUCUGUAUUGGAAUCCUGGCACUAAUGUGGAAAAUCCAGCAUGUCUCCGACUAGUAAUUAGAUUCUGAAUAUGAUAUCUGGGCUCCAACUAGCCAGGGCUGUGAGGGAGAGUUUGCAGCUGUCGUUAUGAGGACUGAUUUAUCAGCUCUGUAUGGCUCAGUGGAAAAAGUGCAGGAGAAAGCAAAACAGAAAGUUCAGAUGGAGAGUAUAGAUACAGAGCCUCCAUUUCCUACAGCCCCCUGGAAGCUGUGGAGUGGAGCUGCUGAAGUAAAGGCUAAUUGUGUACAGUAAUCAUCAGUUAGGAUUUUCUCUAUUCCUAUGUAUUUGGCGCAGAAAGAGGUUUUAAUGUGACCAGCUCCCUCCCUCCAAAUCCUGUACACUCACUGGUUAGUGGCGGUGUCCUUGCACAACAUGGCAUAUGAUCAUAGAUGCCAAUCAGAACACAGAGCUUCCUCUUGCUCUGAUAUAUUGCUCUAACACACGUCUUAUGAGAAGCGUGUUUCAUUCCAGGCUGCAAUCUGAGCUGCCCCCUCUUCCUGUCCUCUUGAUUUCCUGCUUUCCAGGGGCCAGCAAGCUUCUUCCUUGUCUUUCCUAACUUACUUCGUUUUCUUAUAUUUUCAGGCCCCUUAGGAAUCCUGUCACCCACAUGGGGACAGGCUGAGCUGGUGAGGGCAGCCCUAGUGAUGGGCGCUCAGAUGAGGGUGAGGCAAAGUACAAAGAAAGAGGAGUUUCCCAUGCUUAUUUCAAUUUCUAUCUGACCAAAGUUCUUCAUAGCCUCUUCUUUUCCCUGAUGGUGAUUUCAGGCCAUUGCACAGUUGCUAUCAUCUCUGCAGGAGUGCAGCAGUGAAAGAUUCCCCGUAAACACAGCUUCAGUAUAGAAGAGGGUUUCUUGACCUGGGGGUUGUGGCCACUCUUCCCUUCUUCUAGUGAUAAAAAUAUGGAAAAGGUUGAGAAUCAGUGUCCUAGAGCAUCUCUGUAACAAGGAGACUGUCCAUGGAAGAGAAUGGGAGCUGCCACUUUCCCAGUGUGGGGUUGCAGUUUGCCGGUUAGUAUUAUUCCAUGUGUCAAGUCUCAAGUAAUUCUCUCCCUCUUGGUGUGCACUUUCAACAGCAGCAGAUACUCCUAAGGCACUAACUUAUCUGCUUUAUUUGUUCAAUAAGGUCCCAGUAGAAGGAACUAAUGAACAAAACAUCUGAUAUAAAAGCAAACUAAUUCCAAGGCAAAAAGUAUUGAGGAUAAGAAAUUCUUAGCCAGUUAGCAGCCUCCAAACUGCUCCCAGCUGCCUAGAGUAGGUGAGGCUCCUAAGCUGUGGGGCGAGGGUUAAUUUAAUUCCAGAGUGUGGCAAGCACUUAAGGAUACUCUCUCUCUCUCUCUCAUGGGAAUAGGUUGCUCUUAAGAUCUACCCCCUUUCUCUAGCUUACAGAACAUUCAACCACAUCUACCGGUCCUCGUAAACCAGGAGUUUCUCCACCUCUCCUGGAGGAUGUAGGUUCUGUGCCAAAGGGCCUUCAGGGAGUGGGUUCACAUCAUAGUUUUUGUGCAAUCAUUGUCCGCUGCAAUUCUGUUGCAAUCUUCAGACUUGUGUAUUUUUGAUAUUUUUGAAAUGUGUUAACUUUUUUAAGUUGACAUGAGCUAGAGCAUGUUAAAGAUAAAUUGCAGCAAAACUAUUUUUCAUGCCUUUGUUUUAAAACGAAACGUAUACUAUUUUAUGUCCCUGAGUCUAGCAUGCAGCUAUAACAAUACCCCUCUUUCAUUGUGUGUGGAAGUAGAUUGUUAUACUGAAUGCACUUUCAGCACCGCAAUGUAUGUGGCAGCAAAAGGAGGAAGAUCCUUGGGGUUAAAAUGUGAUUCCAUUGAUUCUUUACUAAGAUAUACAGAACAGUUCAGAAAGGAAGAAUAUUUUUGAUCAAUUUUUCAGCGGACGUAGCAAUAAAGAUUUUUACUUUCA